AGAGGGAUCGAGCCAGGUGGCUCCGAGGUUGUUGAGCACCAAACGCCAUCAAGGAGGGGCAGGGGUUCCUCUGGGUCUGUCGAUGGUUCCCCCACAGCCGGUGCAGUCACCAGGCACAAUCCAGGCUGUGCCAGGGAAUGGGACAAUGGGAUCUUGCUCCAAGCAGGCUCCUCUGGCUGCAGUGAGCUGAGAUCCCGGUGAAGCUGCACCUGGCUUUACGCUGACCCUGCUCCUGUGUCAGUGGGGCUGUGGGAACUCGCCUCACCAAACACUUCCCAUGCAGAAUCAUGGAAUCAUUCAGGUUGGAAAAGCCCUCUGAGAUCAUUGAGUCCAACCAUUCCCCCAGCUCUGCCAUGUCCCCAAAAGCCAAGGGCAGUGCCAGAGGAUCUGAACCCAACCUAAGCCACCAGGAACCUGUGUGACCCCAGGCUGGUGAGUCCCCACACCCUGGUGCCGUGCCACCGUGAGCCCCUGGCCUCACCCUCUGUCUGGUGGUGACAUCUGGCAGCUUAAACGUCCCCAGAUGUUUCCUGCUGCGGUGCCAGGCCCGUUUGUCUCCACUCUCUGCCUUGGCUCCACCUGGAUGAGUGCCCACACCUGGGGGGACACCCGAGGGGGCUGGAGAAUGAUCACACACAUGGUCCCAUUGUUGGUGCACACUUUGGGGUUUGUGUCUUGGGAGCUUGGUGACAUCAGCCCUCGGAUAGGUCACCUGGACUGUCCCCAACACCUGGCCCAGCCUCUGACAGGCUCGGGUGCCACCAGAUGCAGACCACAGUCCCAGGUUCUUGCAGGGAGGAGGAUUUAUUGCUUCUGUACUUGUGCCACCUGCAGGACAAAGGAAAACCUGGGUGAUCCCCACUCAGCCCUCAGCUCCCUGGACCACUUUCCAUUUCCCUGCACAUUUUCUUGCAUUUCCCCACCUUCCAUAUUCUCUGGUUUUCCAUGCCAGUUCCCAGCCCUGAGAUCAUGUCCUGGAAGAAGGAGGGCACGAGCCCACCCCCGUGUUUCAUCCAGCGCCUGGACCACCUUGUGCUGACUGUCAAGAGCAUCGAGGACACUGUGGCCUUUUAUUCCAAAGUCCUGGGCAUGGAGGUGGUGACUUUCAAGGGAAAUCGCAAAGCUUUACGUUUUGGCCAGCAGAAGUUCAACCUGCACGAGGCUGGGCAGGAGUUUGAGCCCAAGGCUCGGCGCCCGGUGCCCGGCUCUGCGGAUUUUUGCCUGAUCACAGCAGAGCCCCUGGAGAAGCUGCUGGAACAUCUGGAGGCCUGUGGGGUGCCCAUUGAAGAAGGUCCUGUGGCCAGAACUGGUGCUGUGGGUCCAAUAACCUCCAUCUACUUCCGAGACCCCGACGAGAACCUGGUUGAGGUUUCCAGGUACUGCACGGAUGUGGCUGCAGAAACUGAAGGGGAACCCUGACACACCCUGACACCACAGCCCAUGCCCUGCCUGGGUCCCAGCAGGAGAUGGGGUGCACAGGCCAGGUUUGCCUGGCCCAUUUAAAGGUCUGAGCUUUAAUUAUGUAAACCUGGGACAAGCCUCAAAUCAUAGCCACAAAGUUGGGCUGCCAGGACAUCGGGAGUUUUCCCAAAGCAGCCUGCUCUGCUCUGGGUGUGAAUCCUGCUUUUAUACAUCUCCAUCAUGGAGACUUCAUGGCCUUCUGGAAAUUCCUGCCCUGUCACUCCUCUCCUCUUCAGAGUUACUUUUCCACAGCUGGAAAUUUCUGUCUCACUCUCAUCCUCCUGCUUCUUGUCUCAAGCUGCCUGUUGCUGCUGGCUCUCCCACCAAGCCAGAGGUUUAAAUCCAGCUGUGACUCUCCAAACACACUCCUUGCCUGGGAUUUGGGAACUCAGCCUCGGUGUGACACUCAAAAACUCCUGAAACUGAAGCUCAAAGUUUCAUUCUCAGCUCUGUAUCAAUAAUUGAGGGGUUUCUGUCACUCAGGAAUGGAAAAAGCAAGGAUGAGGAGCCUACAUGAAGGGCAGCAUGUCAGAAGUCCAGGAAUUCACCUGGAUUUGUGCAGGGAUUGAGGAUGGUCUGACACAGAGUCUGAUGGCUCAUUACUUGUGGGACUGUCCUAAGUUUUCUUCUUCCCUUAGUUGUUUAAAAAUCCAUUUCAAAGUUAUCUGAAAAGUAUAAAACAAUGAAGCACCCGGGGAUUCUCAGGAAGAGCAGUUCCCAGGCUGGCCACACCGAGGUAGCAGCGAUAUCCUCACGGGAACAGCGCUGGAAAGGAGGGACGACUCUUCUGACCUCUACAGUCCAAAUCCUCUAUAAAAUUGAAACAAUCUCUGAA